AUGACAGAAAUAGCCUGCUCCACAGCCGACCUCCGCCACCUCCUUAGCGGCUCAGCUAAUGCCACUGCUGUCGCCGAUUACAUUUGCGGUCGAUUCGACGCCAUUUCAAGUAAAUUUGUGGACACAAGUUAUGCUGUUGACAACACUUACCUUCUUUUUUCAGCGUACCUUGUCUUUGCAAUGCAGCUUGGAUUUGCUAUGCUUUGUGCUGGUUCUGUUAGAGCCAAAAAUACAAUGAAUAUUAUGCUUACUAAUGUUCUUGAUGCUGUCACUGGCGGCGUAUUUUAUUAUAUCUUUGGAUUCGCUUUGGCCUUUGGAACUCCUUCUAAUGGCUUCAUUGGUCAUCAUUAUUUUGGCCUCUCGCAGUUCCCUUCUUCCUCCUUUGAUUAUGGGUUCUUUCUGUUUCAAUGGGCUUUCGCCAUUGCGGCUGCUGGGAUUACCAGUGGCUCCAUUGCUGAACGGACCCAAUUCGUUGCUUAUUUGAUCUAUUCCUCUGUUCUUACCGGUUUGAUUUAUCCAAUCGUCUCUCAUUGGUUUUGGUCUGCCGACGGGUGGGGCAGCGCAAGUAGGUCGGAGAAUCUUCUAUUUGGAUCAGGAGUAAUCGACUUCGCCGGCUCCGGCGUGGUCCAUAUGGUGGGUGGCAUCGCCGGAUUAUGGGGCGCCGUCAUUGAAGGCCCUCGAAUCGGCCGGUUCGAUCACGCCGGCCGGUCCGUCGCCCUCCGUGGCCACAGCGGCACAUUAGUCGUUCUCGGCACUUUCCUUCUCUGGUUCGGCUGGUAUGGCUUCAACCCCGGGUCGUUCCUUAACAUCCUCAAAGCCUACGGCACUACCGCCGCCGCUCCCUUUUACGGCCAAUGGAGCGCCAUUGGUCGCACCGCCGUCACCACCACCCUCGCCGGCUGCACGGCGGCACUAACCACCCUCUUCGGCAAACGACUCCUCGUCGGCCACUGGAAUGUCACCGACGUCUGCAACGGCCUGUUAGGCGGAUUCGCUGCCAUAACAUCCGGCUGCGCGGUGGUGGAUCCAUGGGCGGCGAUUGUUUGUGGGUUUUUCUCCGCCUGGGUUUUGAUCGGAUUCAACAAACUAGCGGAGAAAUUGAAGUAUGACGAUCCGUUAGAGGCGGCGCAAUUGCACGGCGGGUGUGGAGCUUGGGGGAUUUUGUUCACUGGCUUGUUUGCAAAACAGGCUUAUGUUAACGAGAUUUAUUCUGGGUUGCCGGGCCGCCCGUACGGGCUGCUGAUGGGUGGUGGCGGAAGGCUGCUGGCGGCUCAUAUAGUGCAAAUUUUGUCGAUUGUUAGUUGGGUUAGCGUGACAAUGGGGCUGGUAUUUUGGUUGCUGCAUAAGUUUCAGUUGCUGAGAAUCACGGCGGAGGAGGAGAUGGCCGGCAUGGACUUGACAAGCCACGGCGGAUUGGCUUAUGUGUAUAAUGAUGAAGAGAAGCCGUACGUUUGAGGGGACAAGGAAGAACAAGACUUUGAUUUUGUGGCAUAGAUUGUGUUGUAGAUGUGGUUUUAAU